AUGUCAUUUACACCAGUUCCCUCCAAAGAUCGCCUCCUGAAACUCGCACAACUUACUGCAAACAUAUUCCAUCGCGCGUACAACCCCACCGGUCAGCGCGUUGGCGGAAAAAUUCUGCGAAAACAAUUAAUCGGACCCGCGAUAAUAAAGUGGUAUCCGAGACAAUUGAUUCCAUUUAGAAGAUUACGGCUCGCGUUACCUGAAGUUGAGCUCGUGGACGCAAGGGAAAAGCAGCGGCUGUUAGAUGCAGCACAGAAACGUAAAAGAGGCAAAGGGCCACCGAAGAAGGGGCAAGGAAAACGUGCCAAAAUUGCGGCUCGGAGAAAGAAAUAG